AUGAGUCUCUACCAGCUGGGCAUAGCGCCUCUGUCGCCGCUGCGCCGCCAGUUCUCUUCCCCUCUCUCGGGUCACUCGCUGUCGCCGCCCCCGCCGUCCGUCGGGGCAGACAUCUCAGAGGAGGAGGACGAGGACGAGGGCAUCGAUGACGAUGAUGCAGACGGCUCUCGGUCUGAGGCGACCGACGAGCUCACUCAGGACAGCAGGGACGUCCUGGUGGAGCGCCUGACGGAUCUGGUCCAGCGGCUGUCGCGCGGCGACACCAGCGUGCUGCACGACGGGAACAUCAGCGCCCUCCACGCCAAGGUCGACGAGAUGGAGACCGUCCUGGCGGCCAAGGACAGGCCGGCGGCGGCAGCGGCAAAGAGGCGGUCGCGGCAGCAGCAGCCGAGGUCGCGGCCGGUAUCAGGGAUUUCCUCCGUCGGCGGCGGAGGCGGUGCCAUCGAUGAGCAGGACCCGUUCGGCAUCAUGUCGCCGUCCUGGGUCAUGUCGCACUUCUACGGCGCAGACUCGACGCAUACCUCCGUGCUUGGAGGUGCUGACAAGGGCAGAGACACGGGCAAGGAUGGCAACGCCGUCGACGCCGUCCGGCCCGAGCCAGGACCACGCAAGAUCUCGGCGGAGGUGGCAGAGCGGAUCGUGCAGGAGGCCGAGCAGCUAUGCGCUGAGAUGUCCGAGGUGGUCAAGAGCCUCCAGGACAGGAGAGAAGACCAGGAUGAAGUUCAGGAAGCCGAGUCGGACCUUAGACACUUGCGUCUCCAGCUGAAGGCCAUCGAGGUUCAGUGUCUACAGUACAUCCCCCCAGACGCUGAUCCAGAGCUCGUCCAGAGCAUACAGAACUGGAAGGCGGACUGGGCGAACUUGAAGAAGAAGUGGGCGUCCCGAAGAAGCACGUCUUUUGAGGGCGAGUCUUUCGCCUCCGUGUCGAGCCCGCCCGCACGCUGA